CCCUGUCCUUUCCUCCAGCUGGAGUCCUCCAACAAUUGGAUUCCUUCAGACGAUCGCAUGCUCCGACAGAUGUACAACUUUCAAUUAUUUUCAGCACAUUUUAAUCAGCCCGGCCUCUGAUAAGGUCCUAAUUAAAGAGACCUUGCUAUCAGGAGGCUGGUUCAGAACUCAGCUCUCUUAUCACAUUCCUGAAGCUUUGGGUCAGGCAACACCGGAAAAUGUGGCCAAAACAUCAUUCUGCGCAGAGUAGAGUUUCGAAGGUCACCAAAUGUCUGCGGCAGGCCAAAAGUAACUAAGAAAGUGUUAGUGUUUUAGCAAGCUGACGAGAAACAAGGAGAGUGAAGGGGGGAGAAAAAAAUAUUCUCCUUCAGUCUAUGAAGGAGAUAAGAGGGCGAGAAACAGCUGUAACAUGGAAGCCCGUGGGGUACCCGUGCUGUCAUCGCUACCAAAGGGGCCAAGGAAAAGACACUGAACUCCCAGAUGGGGGUGGGCCACGAAGGAUAGGUUACAGCACAGUGGCGUUUGAUGGGCCUCCAAGCUAUGGCCACACUCCCUCGCACCACGCAGCCCAGUUUGCCAACCACUCCUUCAAACACGAGGACCCCAUCAGUCAGCAAACCUCGCUAGGCGAUCAACAGUACUCGGUGCCACCUCCAGUGUACGGCUGUCACACGCCCACAGACAACUGCACAGGCAGCCAGGCCCUGCUCCUGAGGACCCCCUAUAACAGUGACAAUUUAUACCAAAUGACCUCACAGCUUGAAUGCAUGACAUGGAAUCAAAUGAACUUGGGAUCUACAUUAAAGGGCCAUGCAACGGGAUAUGAGAAUGACAACCAUACUGGGCCUAUGUUAUAUAGCUGUGGGGCCCAAUAUAGAAUACACACCCAUGGAGUCUUUAGAGGAAUACAAGAUGUUCGGCGAGUGCCAGGAGUAGCUCCAACUAUUGUCCGAUCAGCAAGUGAGACGAAUGAAAAACGUCCCUUCAUGUGUGCAUACCCCGGCUGUAACAAACGAUACUUUAAGUUGUCCCAUUUACAGAUGCACAGCAGAAAGCACACUGGUGAGAAACCGUACCAAUGUGACUUUAAGGACUGUGAGCGAAGGUUCUCUCGUUCAGACCAACUCAAACGACACCAAAGACGACACACAGGUGUGAAACCCUUCCAGUGUAAAACCUGUCAGAGAAAGUUCUCCAGAUCCGAUCAUCUGAAGACUCAUACCAGGACUCAUACAGGUAAAACAAGUGAAAAGCCAUUCAGCUGUAGAUGGCCCAGCUGUCAAAAAAAAUUUGCCAGAUCCGAUGAACUAGUCCGCCAUCACAACAUGCACCAGAGGAACAUGACUAAACUUCAGUUGGCCCUUUAGACAACUCAAACAAAUGAAUAAACAAAAUGGGAUAUUAUGAACUGCUGCAAACUUUUCAAUCAUCCUUGACCACCUCUUUAGGAAUGCUACAUCUGUCUACUCUACCCAGUUGAGACAGGUUAACUAAACCGUAGGAUUUUGUUCAGUUUUGACAUCCAUUGGACUUUAAAGAAAAUUCCCAUUCAAUAAUGUUAAGUGGGGUUUUUGUGACAUUGUUAUGAAAUUAUGGAGAUUCUUACAAUUAAAAUAUUGCUAUGAGCUGUAGUUACUUUUGAUGUUCUUUUGCUCUAAAAAUCUUUCAAUUAUUAUUUCUACUUGAACAUUUACAGGUGCAUAUUUAUUGUACCUUGAUAGUCAAACUAUGUGUGUACUUCUGCUAAGGUAAAGCUUUGUGCUUACUGCAUAUGUGCAGGUUUCCAAAUUCUAUUACAAUCGUACACUCAAAAAAAUACUCAAGACAUUUUUGGUAAACUUUGUAUUUGUACUCCGUAAGGGCAAUUUUUUAAAAUGUAAGCUCUGAUUUGAAUUUCACAAGUCAACUUAAAAAAAAAGUUUCUAGAGCAGCUAACACUAGAUGAAUUUUGUGCAAAAAAAUUAGAAUCUUUCAUUUAAGUUAACUUGCUUUUAACGUUACAGCAUGGAUCCCCAGAAAUUGUAUUAUCUCUGUUUCAAUCUUUUUUUGGACUGGUUUAAGUUUAUUUCAUCCUCAGAUGUACAGAUCUCCUUUUUACCCCCAACAGAUUCCAGUCAUUGUAGACAUUUGGGAUUUGUUUACAGUGUAAACCACACUGGUUAUGUGGUUAGCAAGUUGUAUAAACUUAAAACUGAACUGAAACGGGGCUGGUCCAGGAUCUCCAUUAACAGAUUACUCUUAAGAUAAGUAACUUAAAGAGACUCUUUGUCAAGUAUAUGUGAAAAGAGACAUUAGUGUGAGGAAAUAUAUUGUUUCAGGGUUUGGGGAAGAGGGUUUAUUAUUUCCUAUUAAUUGCUUGAAAUGGUGUGUGUGUGUGUGUGUGUGUGUGUGUGUGUAUAUAUAUAUAUAUAUAUAUAUAUAAAAUAAUGUAUUGCUCUUAGACAACUAAAAUUAGAAAGUGUAUAAAUAUUAGAUGCAUCACUGUUCUGAUCUUGUUGCUGUUACAAAUUAUUGAUAACACUAAGAAUGUAACCUGCAUUUUUCACCAAGCUUUCAAUUAAAGCCCCU